AUGAAGACCGCUGCUGCAUCCGCCUUGCUGGUGGCCCUCUCCGCCACGCUUGCUCAGGCACGUCCUGUCGCCGAUGAACGCUAUCCAUACACUGGGCCGGCCGUUCCCGUGGGAGACUGGGUGGACCCGACUGUCAAUGGCAAUGGAAAGGGCUUUCCGCGUCUGAUUGAGCCCCCAGCCGUCCGGCCCGCCAGCGCCAACCCUCGCAACAAUGUGAACGUCAUCUCCUUGUCGUACAUCCCCAAGGGCAUGCACAUCCACUAUCAGACCCCCUUCGGGCUAGGACAGACCCCAUCCGUGAUCUGGGGCAAGAGUCCUCACCAGCUCAACAAGGUGGCCCGCGGUUAUACCCACACCUAUGCCCGCACGCCGUCCUGCUCCGAGAUCAAGAUCAUCACCCAGUGCAGCGAGUACUUCCACGAAGUCAGCCUGGAAAACCUCGAGCCCGGGACGACCUACUACUACCAGAUCCCGGCCGCCAACGGCACGACCAAGUCGGAAGUGCUGAGCUUCAAGACCGCGCGCGAGGCCGGUGACAAGGGCUCCUUCAGCGUCGCCGUGCUGAAUGACAUGGGCUACACCAAUGCGCACGGCACGCAGAAGCAGCUGAUCAAGGCUGCCAACGAGGGGACGGCCUUCGCCUGGCACGGCGGUGACAUCAGCUACGCGGACGACUGGUACGAAGGCACCUUGGCGUGCGAGUCCUCCUGGGACGUCUGCUACAAUGGCACCAGCACGGAGCUACCCGGAAACCUGCCGCUGCCGGACGAGUACAAGAAGCCGCUCCCCGCGGGGGAGAUCCCCAACCAGGGAGGUCCCCAGGGUGGCGAUGUCAGCGUCAUUUACGAGUCCAACUGGGACCUGUGGCAGCAGUGGCUCAGCAACGUGACGGUCAAGAUCCCAUACAUGGUUAUGCCGGGUAAUCACGAAGCGGCAUGCGCGGAAUUUGAUGGGCCAGGCAACAUCCUCACGGCCUAUCUGAACGACGACAUCGCCAAUGGCACUGCCGCCGAGGAUAAGUUGAACUACUACAGCUGCCCCCCCUCUCAACGAAACUUCACUGCAUACCAACAUCGCUUCCGCAUGCCCGGCGAGGAGACCGGCGGCGUGGGCAACUUCUGGUACUCGUUCGACUACGGCCUGGCGCACUUUGUCUCGAUCGACGGCGAGACCGACUUCGCCAACAGCCCCGAGUGGCCCUUCGCGGAGGACAUCAAGGGCAACGAGACGCACCCCACGGCGGAGGAGACCUUCAUCACCGACAGCGGGCCCUUCGGCGCGGUGGACGGCAGCUACAAGGACACCAAGAACUACGCGCAGUACAAGUGGCUGCAGCAGGACCUGGCCAAGGUCGACCGCAGCAAGACCCCCUGGGUGUUCGUCAUGAGCCACCGCCCCAUGUACAGCUCGGCAUACUCGUCGUACCAGCUCCACGUGCGCGAGGCCUUCGAGGGCCUGUUGCUGAAGUAUGGCGUGGAUGCUUACUUCUCAGGACACAUCCACUGGUACGAACGCCUGUACCCCCUCGGCGCCAACCAGACCAUCGACACCGCCAGCGUCGUCAACAAUAACACCUACAUCGCCAACAACGGCAAGUCGAUCACCCACAUCAUCAAUGGUAUGGCGGGCAACAUCGAGAGCCACAGUGAGUUCAGCGAGGGCCAGGGGCUGACGAACAUCACGGCCGUGUUGGAUACCGUGCACUACGGGUUCAGCAAGCUGACGGUCAAGAGCGAGACAGAGGUCAAGUGGCAGUUUAUCCGCGGGGAUGAUGGGUCGGUCGGAGACGAGGUUACGUUGCUGAAGCCUUCCGCCGUGAAGGCGAAGGGGAAGGGCAAGGGCAACGGAAAGGCGUAUUCUGGCUUUCGGGCUUGA